AUGCCCUGUAAGCUUUGGUAUGAACUAUGCCAUGCUAAUGCAGUGGCAUAUUGUCCACAUUGCCCUGAAUCAUCUUUCAGGGGUACUAUACACUGCACACUAUUCCAAUUCUUCCCACCCAACAAAAAUUGGAUGAUUGUCCCCAAAAUCCUUCUGCAUGAUGUUGUCUACAGCAACAAGCAACCUCCAGUUCCAGAUGUACCACAUAAAGAGCAGGAAGAAGGAGAGGAGGAUACUGUAUGUGCAGAUGUUCAGGUUCAAGAUGAAGCACUAGGCUUGAACAGAGACCCAGAUAUGUCUAUGGAGGAGCUAUUAUUUGACACCUCCAUGGAGUUGCAGGGGGGCUAUGUUAUGGAGAGUUGUACCACCUCCCUUUGCCCAGACUUUGGCAUUGCACAGGCACAUUCCAAACUCUUCACCAACCAAAACCACCUGUAUGUUGAGAUCAAGGACAGAGAGUGUCCCUCAUGCUAUUUCAAGACACAACUCAUUGACUAUGCUAACACCAUUGCCAACACUAUUCCAUCUGAUUUUGGCAACUAUGAUGUAGUGUUGAUGCUAAUCAAUGCAGCCAAUAUGCAUUUCUGUCACAUUAGACCUGGAAGCUGGUUCAACAUCAAGAAUACAUGGACCUUGGCAAAUUCUGGGAAAACCCACAGUCCCAAGAUGAAUGCAAUCCUGCAGGAGAUAGCAAACAGGGUGUAA